GAGGCGGAGGAUGAUCCCGGCGGUGGCCGGUGCAGCGCGGGCCAGAGGCGCGGCGCGCGAAACCUUGGGCUCCCCGGCGGAGCGUGGCGGAGGGCGGACGGGCAGGCGCGGGGCCCUGGAGCCCAGGACCCGGCUUUGUUUCCCUUGCCUUCUCGGUGGCGACGUGCAGGGGUCGUCCGAUCGGAACAACACGCUGCGCUCCGAAGGGAAGGGGCGGACAAAAAAAGACCAAAUGGCCAAGCAACCUUCUGAUGUAAGUUCUGAGUGUGACAGAGAAGGUGGACAAUUGCAGCCUGCUGAGAGGCCUCCCCAGCUCAGGCCUGGGGCCCCUACCUCCCUACAGACAGAAUCGCAAGACAGGAGCCCGGCACCCAUGAGUUGUGACAAGUCAACACAAACCCCAAGUCCUCCUUGCCAGGCCUUCAACCAUUAUCUCAGUGCAAUGGCUUCCAUAAGGCAGUCUCAGGAGGAACCUGAAGAUCUGCGUCCAGAGAUACGGAUCGCACAGGAGCUGCGGCGGAUCGGAGACGAGUUCAAUGAGACUUACCCGAGGAGGGGGUUUGCAAACGAUUACCGAGAGGCCGAAGACCACCCUCAAAUGGUUAUCUUACAACUGUUACGCUUCAUCUUCCGUCUGGUCUGGAGAAGGCAUUGACAGGAGCUUCGUGCAGCCAGGACAAAUGGCGGACAUCGCUCUUGUUCAGACCGGGAGAACCCCAGCACCUCCAUCUCUUGGUGCUGCGACAGUCUGGCCGGUGGCUCUGUCCCAGAGAGGCAUGCGGAGCACGGACAGCACUCAGCACUGUGUCGAUGUGGACGGAACCUCUGUCCAUCACCACAUGGCCGGAUUUUCAGUAAAUAAUUGUUGUGAAUGUAAACAAGGGAGGGUUUUUCUCUUUUAAAUGUACAGAUCCUACGGACAGAGAAAUAUGCAAGAGAGGUGUUUACAUAUGGUGUGUUGAUUUUUUUAAACCCACUUUCUUUGAUAAC